AUGGUCGAACGCCCCAACAAACCCUCCUCCCUCGUCGCAACCCCCGGCCUCCCCCCCCAACCAACAGUCAACUUCUCCGACGACAACUCCCUCGUCACCGCCACCCUCCCCACCGGCGAGUCCAUCACCGUCCUCCUCUACGGCGCCACCGUCAUCUCCUGGAAGGACUCCUCCUCGACAGAAAAGCUCUGGCUCUCCUCAGCCGCCAAGCUUGACGGCACCAAGCCCGUCCGAGGCGGCAUCCCCCUCGUCUUCCCCGUCUUCGGGCCCCCUCCCGCCGGUCACGCUCAGACCUCCUCCCUCCCGCAGCACGGUUUCGCCCGGACGUCCAGGUGGGAAUUCCUCGGCAAAUCCACCAGCGAGAGCUCGGGCGAUCAGCAAACGGGGGACCUGUCCGUCAAGCUUGAUUUCGGCCUCUCCAGCGCGGCGGACGGGCUGGAUCCAAAGGGCAAGGCGGCCUGGCCGUUCAAGUUCAACCUGAUCUACAGCGUGACGCUGAACAGGAGGGAUCUGACGACGAGCUUGGUGGUGACGAACGAUGAUGAGAGGGCGUUUGAUUGCCAGGUUUUGAUGCAUACCUAUCUCAAGGUUAAGGACAUCACAAACGUUACUAUUUCCGGCCUCGACAGCUCAUCCUACGUCGACAAGGUUGACGCUGCCUCGACAAAGACACAGUCGGGGGAGAUUAGGAUUGAGGGCGAGACGGACAGGGUGUACACCGCCGAUGGGCCGGUGAUUGUGUCCGAGGGCGGCAAGACUCUCUUUACCGUCACGAGGGACAACCUCUCCAACGUGGUUGUCUGGAACCCCUGGGUCGAAAAGGCCAAGGGCAUGGGUGAUUUCGAGCCAAAGGAUGGGUACAAGGAGAUGCUCUGUGUUGAGCCAGGGUCGGUAGGCGGCUGGCAGACGCUGGAGAAGGGGGAUGCGUUUGAGGGAGCGCAGACGAUCGCUUUGGGGGCUUGA